AUGCUCUCACGUGUUGCUGCAGUGAAGGUACCCCGCACACACAACCGUCGCCGCGUGACCGGAUCCAGCGGAAGGAGGAGGGAAGGAAGAGAGAGUGAGCCGCAGAGGCCCAACAUGUCCCGGCGUGUGUUUACUUCUGCGGUGCUGCUCCUAUUUGUCAUGAUGAUGUGCUGUGGCAGUGGAGCUGCGGCCGCUGAGCAGGCAGGGGCCGCUGUUGAUCCUUUUAAAGGGACGACGCCGAUAUCAUUUGCUAAUUGGAAGGAGUUUAAGGAUGCCGGCAGGGAAAUCACCUCGCUCCGUGUUCCUGGCCUCGUUAAAGUGGGUGAUGAUGUAUUUGCCGUUGCUGAAGCGCAGUGCGGGGAAAGGAAUGGAGCCGGCAGCUGUGCUGGGAUUGUCUCAAAGCACCUGAAUAUAAGUGAUGACUCAAUGGAUAUUUCGACGUCGGAUAUAAGUUUGUUUUGCAUGCAGCUUGUAGACACCGCCGCGAAUAAUUUUGGGACAACGGAAUUGUUGCGGCCAACGACACUUGUAAUUGGGGAGAGUGUCUACAUGCUCCUGGGAAACUACAGUCGUAAAAAGCAGCAGAUUCAAGGUACGAAUGAGCCAGGCCUUUUACUCGUGAAGGGAACUGUCGCUGAAGAAAAUGGAAAGAAGAAAAUCAGAUGGAAUGAGACCCAUGUGAUGAACCCUCAAGCCAUACGAUAUUCUGGUUUCUUGACCGAGUUAAUUGGCGGUGGAGGAUCGGGUGCUGUGAUGGGUGACGGCGCGCUUGUGUUUCCCAUGCAGGCCAAAGGCAAGGAUGGAACGAGAGUUUUGCUCUCUAUGCGUCUCCCCAAGUCGGAGAACAAAUGGCAGCUUUCAUACGAGACGCCUGGUAAGGGCUGCAGGGAUCCAACCAUGGUGAAGUGGGAAAAAUACGAAUACGGCGAAGAACUCUUCAUGAUGGCUCAUUGUGCUGGAGGCUACUAUGACGUUUACAGGUCCAUUUCGGAUGGAGUCAAUUGGUAUCCAUCGGGUCAGCCAAUUACCCGCGUGUGGGGCAACUCACACAAUCGAACAGGGUACGGCGUCCAGAGUGGAUCCACCACCGCAAUCAUUGAGGAAAAGGAGGUGAUGCUCGUCACCGCGCCGGUGUAUGCGAAGGAGGACAAUGGAAAGGGUCGGCUUCAUCUUUGGGUGACGGACAAGGCACGUGUGUAUGAUGUUGGGCAGGUAUCUCGUGAGGAUGAUGACGCAGCCGCGAGCUCGCUGUUGAUGAAAGAGAAGAAUAAGGAGUUGAUUUCACUGUACGAGAACAAGAAGGACGGAUCAUACAGUCUUGUUGCUGUGCGUCUGACCGAGAAACUGGAGCGGGUAAAGGAAGUGGUGAAGAAAUGGAAGGAUUUGGACGGCGCCUUGCAAUCCUGCAGUUUCGUUUCCAGUAGCACUGUUGACGCGCACAAAAAGGGUAUGUGCAAUGGUCGUGUUCCCACGGAUGGGCUUGUUGGCUUCUUGUCCGGUAACUUCUCUGAUAACACAUGGAGGGACGAGUACCUCGGCGUGGACGCCAUUGUCCAUGGGUCAGCGGGAAAAAGGAUAGAGGGUCCCAAUGGACUGACGUUCAAAGUGUCCGGAGCAUGGGCGGAGUGGCCUGUUGGCGACAUGGGGCAGACUGUGCCGUACUACUUUGCGAACAACAAGUUCACUCUUGUGGCGACGGUGUCCAUCCACGAGGUGCCGAAGGAAGACAGCAGCCCCGUCCCCUUGAUGGGUGUGAGGAUGAAUGACACCAGCAGCACGGUCCUCUUUGGUCUGUCGUACACCCAUGACAGGAAGUGGUUGGCCAUAGCGGGGAAUCGUGGUGAUGCGGAGUAUUUUGAUUAUUGGGAGCCAAACAAGACGUAUCAGGUGGGACUGCGAAUGGAUGAUGAUGAUGAAUGGACUGUCUUUGUAGAUGGAAAGCAAAUCGACCACAAGAGCUAUGAUAAGAGUCUGUUUGACUCGCACAGGAUCUCACACUUCUACAUCGGUGGGGACAGUAAGCACCAAAGUGCAACGGGCGGCCACGUGACGGUGACCAACGUCAUGCUGUACAACGAGAAACUUUUUGGAAGUGAACUGGAUGAACUCCAUGCCAGCAAAGUCAAUAUUCCAUCACUUGGUGCUGAGAAACAACCCACAGAACAGGCGGCCAACACGGGCGCUUUGGUUGCUUCCGAGUCAAAGAGUGAAGGGAGCGCCACCAGCCAUGAGGAAUUGAAUGAGGAUGAUACUGAAAAACAAGAGGAAGAAAGCGCCGAUGGUGUGGUGCUUGCACCGCUCCUUUCAACGUUUGCCGGGGGAUCCUCUGUUUCCGAACCUGCCACCGCAACGGAGAUCGCAGGGAACUCUCGUCCAGAGGACAAUGUCCAGCUUUCCGAAGACAAAACGUCUCAGCAAACCACGCCGCAUGAAGCGAAGGAAUCGAUGCAACGGGAUUCAGAUGUGCAGCCACAAGACCCACAGUCAGAGGUAUUGACGGAGGUCGCUGAUGUUGAAGGAUCCGCUGAAAGUUAUGAUACACAACAGCCAGAGGAGGAUGAAGAGGCGGAUGGCAGGAGUGGCGGAUCAGUGUCUCCAGUGGCUGUAUCAUUGAGUAUGGACACUGCCACUGCACCAGUGUACGGUGAGCACCAAGUGCAACAAAGCACUGAGCCUUCCACUGAAAAUGACGACGUGCGGUCCACUGGAACCGGAACCACCGGCGCGGAGGAAAGCCUCAGCCUCGAGGCGGGGGGCAGAAAUUCCGAGGGAACAAUGAGCUCAGACAGCAGCCUCACUCCUUCAAAGAGUGACGCCGAACCGAGAUCCGCGGAGGACACCGACAACAUCUCUUGGACUGAGGGGGCUGAAUUUUCUGUUGAGGACGGCAAGGAGGUGCCACAGACGGUCGACACCGCACCGGGUAACACAAGCACCACGCCUGGGGAAACCAAGAUCCCAUCGGAGUCCAACGCAACAACCCCCUCGGACACUGACAUUUUGCUUGAGAAGGGGCAUUUGGGCGAGUUGGCGGCCAUGUAUCUAAUUGGUGACAGCACCGUGCAUGGAUAUGUGUCUCGGGUGUUGUUGCUGCUGCUUCUGGGGCUGUGGGGCAUUGCGGCUCUCUGUUGA